GAAGUACUGCCGAGCAGGUCGGAAUACAGGAAUACAGGAAUACAGGAAUACAGGAAUACAGGAAUACACUCAAUAACCGCAAGUGAACAAGCUACACAGAACCUCUCUGAGACUGAUCUUCAACACCAACAUCAACCUUCCUCAACCUCUCCACUCCACAACCUUACCCCCACAAGCUGGUAUCAAACUUUGGUAUGCCAACACCUACACACCGAUGAUAACCACUGCGCUACACGCGUGGCAGCUCUUCCAUCUUUGAAGCAGCGACGAGCAAUGAUAGGACUCGGCAAGGGGAUUUGAAGAUGCACAUCCCAGAGAGCCAGAACUCGCGGGACCUCCGGAUUGAGAAACUGUGGAGCAAUCUUGAUCCUCAGAAGAAGGGCGAGCUGGAUCUCAAUGGGUUGAAGAAAGGCCUCCGUCGAAUUGACCAUCGCAAGUCACACUGCCCCUCUAUCUGGCUCUAUAUACUAACAAUUCUCGCAGCAUUGAAAAAUGCAGAUGAUAUGCUCAAGGAUGUGAUCAAGGCAAUGGAUCGAGACGGCGAUGAGAGAAUACAAUACGAUGGUACGUAGGGGGCCGUUCGUUUAUCACCUGGUUCUUGUCUUUCUGUUCCGAGUCCUGAUGUCGCUUCUUUCUGGAUUGCGCUGAUACACGUCCAUAGAAUUCCGCAAGUUUGUCGAGAAAACCGAGAAAGAGCUCUUUGCUCUCUUCGAAUCCAUAGACCGCGAUCAUGAUGGAAGGUUGGACAAGAACGAGUUGCGCGCGGCAUUUAAAAAAGCUGGACUUGCUGUUCCUAAUUCCAAACUGGACGUCUUUUUUGCGGAGGUUGACCAAAACAAUGAUGUUCGCAUAGGCCUCGAAAUCGUUCCUAUGCAAUUGCUAAUUAUGAGUAGGGAUACAUUUCGUUUUCUGAAUGGAGGUAAGCUUGUCGGUAGUGAAGGUUACAAGUGCCGAGUUCUACAAUUCGUCAUGGUGAAUUAGGGGCUGUUUAGUCCCAUCACCGAACAUAAGACCGCGUCGCUUGAUCCAACUAUACAAAACUCCAUUCACCAAGCUAAAGUUUCUAACGUUCCACAGGAACUUCUUGUUAUUUCUACCCACCGACGCUCCCGAACUCAAGGAGAUUCUCUCAUACUUUUCAUCCACCGUCACGAUCAACGCAGAGGGUGAUACGUCUAUCAGCGAGGAAACUUUGGAAGGAUUAGGUAGAGCCUCAUUUCUUUCAGCACUCUUUGGCACUAUUAUAAAAAUUGCCGAACGGCCUAAACUCCCGCCUCCAGAAGAUCUACGACCAAAUAUAAUAAGUACACCUAGCAUCGACGACGACAUGCUUGGCGGUGCAAGAAAAGCUGCCAUGGCCGAAGCUGCGGCGGGCAGCACGACGAAACCGAUGAAAACAGCAUCAUACAAUAAAAUGACGGAACAGCAAGAGCUGCCUAUCCAAUCUUCUGACCUAGAUAUAGAGUCUAAGAAGUUCUCUUUCACAGACGUCUUGCCCGAUCCCGGUUAAUAUCUCUUUCUAAUACUUAUAGAGUUUUAUCAGAGAUUUUGCUAAUCAGUUUGUGCUUCUAGGGUAUUUUGCCGCAGGUGGUGCCGCUGGAGCAAUUUCGCGUACUGCUACAGCACCUUUGGACCGCCUCAAGGUGGGCUGAUCAGAUCAAAUUGCAAGAUUCUGCUAACAUAUGACAGGUUUAUUUGAUCGCCAAUACCGGACCUCCCAAGGACACGAUCGAUGCUGUCAAGAAAGGCGAUGCAGUUCAGGCGGCCAAAACCGUUGGCAGACCUCUCGUUAAUGCAACUCGAGAAUUAUGGAAGGCUGGUGGCAUGCGCAGCUUGUUUGCUGGUAAGCUGAACUUUGCUGGCUAACGUAUCAGAAGCUAAUUCAUUUAGGAAAUGGCCUGAAUGUGGUCAAGGUCAUGCCUGAGUCGGCCAUCAAGUUUGGUGGUUAUGAGGCUGCGAAGAGAGCGUUGGCUCAAUUUGAAGGUCAUGGCGAUCCCCAAAAGAUCAAUGCAUACUCGAAAUUUGUAGCUGGUGGUGUUGGUGGUCUCAUAUCACAGUUUGUUCCUCCGCCCUAUAUGAUAUUAACUUGCUAAUUUCUCAGACUCUUCGUUUAUCCACUCGACACACUCAAGUUUCGGUAAGUACGGUGUUGCUCUAUACUGUAAUAUUGGUACUAACAAUCAACAGAAUGCAGUGUGAAACAGUGGCUGGUGGUCUCCAGGGAAAUCAACUCAUCUUUGCAACUGCCAAAAAAAUGUGGCAGACCGGUGGAAUUCGUGCGCCAUAUCGAGGCCUCACUAUGGGUCUAGUUGGAAUGUUCCCUUAUUCUGCAAUCGACCUUGGAACAUUCGAGUUUCUUAAGGCUUCUCUCGCAAGACGCAAUGCCAGAAUAAUGGGCUGUCACGAAGAUGAUGCUCUACCUGGAUCAUUUGCCACAGGCUGCAUUGGUGCACUCUCGGGUGCCUUCGGAGCUAGCAUUGUUUAUCCGAUCAAUCUUUUGAGAACCAGACUACAGGCCCAAGGAACUGUUCUUCAUCCUCCGACAUAUACGGGAAUUGCGGAUGUUGCACGAAAGACAAUCAAGAAUGAGGGUGUUCGGGGUUUGUUUAAGGGCAUCACCCCGAAUCUGUUGAAGGUUGUUCCAGCUGUCAGCAUUACCUAUGUUGUCUACGAGAACGCCAAAAAGAUUCUGCACCUCCGUUGAAGAAACUUGGGACAAAGUCUCAAAGAAUAUGGGUCUAUGUGAUACAUAAUAUCGCCAUCACAAGAUACAUAGGGCGCAAUCCAAAUUUUCGACACAAACAUCUACUGUACCGCGUUUCAUUUUGUCGACAUUUUUGCUUUAUUUGCUUCAGGUAGUGGUAUAUUACAUACGAAUUAUAAGAGAGAGAGAUGAGAUGUUGCAUAGCAGCGGCGUUGAUGUAUGUUUUGUCAUUAUUAGGGAUGAUAUGGCGUUUACUAGGAUACCCACUCGAGUCGAGCUGGCAGGUUACAAUUCACCAUCGAGGCCAGCCACACACGAGGUACAACAGAUGAGAUUAUAAAGGUGGAACUUUUCUCCUGUUAUUUGCUUUGAGGAUAAGGACAAUGAUAAUUCGUUC